GACUGGUGGGGGGGACUCAGUUUCGUUUCGACUUUCGUACGGCGUAGACAUGUCGCAAUUACGCGCGAUCGAUUUCAUACAUUAUUUAAAAUCGUACACGUGUUUUUUAAGUAUUUAAAGUGUGCACAUUGUAUUCGCGAGUGUUUAAAGUACGUUCGUGUUGCAUUCGUGUUCGCAUUUCGACUUUUGUACGGCGUAAAUAUGUCGCAAUUACACGCGAUCAAUUUCGUACAUUAUUUAAAAUCGUACAGGUGUUUUUUAAGUAUUUAAAGUAUAUACAUUGUAUCCGCGAUUGUUUAAAGUACAUAUAUUGCAUUCACGAGUUAGUUUUGAAGUACGUAUAUUGUAUUCGCGAGUGUUUAAAGUGCGUUUAUUGUAUUCGCGAGUGUGUUAGAAUACGCGCGUUUUAUUUGUGAGCGUCGAUACGUUUCGUCAUUGCAAUGGAGGAUCGAAAAGGUAGUAAAUUGCAUGGUGUUAUCUACGAACGAUGUUCCAGGCUUUGUCAUAAUCACGGUGCAUGCUUGGAUAUCUGAUUAUCAUCGAUCGAUCGUCAGAGGAAAAAACAUUGAUGUCAUAGAUCAUACGUUGCUAUUAAAUAAUCCUUCGCCAGUUUUAACAUGGAUCUUCUUGGAUUUAUCUUCAUCUUCUAUAAAAAGAGAAUGCCCGAAACAGAAGAUAUCACCAGGAAGAGAGGUGGUCUGUUACACUUCCGUUUCCGAGGUGGGACAGUUAACGGAAGCUGUUUGCAGAUGCACCACUUUGGUCCAAAAAGGCCUCGACGUGCGAAAUCUUUCGGUUUCCGAAUUCGAAAACUUUCGGAAAUCAUUGAAGGAGAUUGUCCCAACUCUUCAGUUCGUGAUUUCCGUGGACGAUCCUGCACAAACGUUGAGAACUUCCGGCACAGUUCGCCAAGAGAUCACGGCUCGUUUGAUCGGAGUUUUGAAAGAGGUUGAUGGACUCGAGUUGAACAUGACUGCUGGAACAAAGGAACGUUUAACCCAUUUUGUGAAAGGUUUGAAAGACGAGUUCGUGAGGAAAUCGUACGACAAGAGAAUCUUCUUGCUCCUACCCACGAAAUCGGAGGACUUGGCCAAACAAUACGACUUGAAAGAAUUAUCCAAGUACGUGGAUCUAUUCACGGUACCCACGCAUUACCUGGUCGAAGAUGACGAGUCUUAUCGUACGUUCCAUCCGUCACGAUUGAUGGGCCUCUUCGACAUGUUCAACGCGGAUAGUCUGAUCGACUUGAUUAGCGGAUUGGGCGCGCCCAAGAGGAAAAUCUUGGUGUCCGUGCCGUCAAGCGCUUACAAGUUUACGCUCAAGGAUCGGGACGAGAAUGCCCCGAGCGCGGCCACCGAGGAGAUGCAACCGAUUGUCAUUGAUCAGAAACAGUUAUGCAAUUUGAUGAAUAAAGGAGAGUGGACGGUGGAAAGAGACGAAGAUCUUACUGCUCCUUACUCUUUUAAGGACAAAAUGUGGAUUGCUUUUGAAGAUAGAAUAUCGGUUUCAAUUAAAGGAAAAUACGUGCUGGUUCGAGAUCUCCCUGGAUUAGGUGUUCACGAUAUAGAGAAUGAUUUUAAAACGAAAUGUGGCGCGCCUAUCACGCAUGAGAUUCAUCAUUCGUUCAUGGAUUUCAAGAGGAAGUCUAGAGCUGCUGUGUUAAAUGCUUUGGAAGAUGAUUUACACCAAAGAGAACUUGAAUAUUCGACUAAAGUCAAAUCAUCCGAGUUUCGAGUUGUUCGCGUUGUAGAUACAGAAGGACACAUCAGAGUGGUUCGAGAGAACACUCAAACCGAGUUCACUUGUUCCAGACAAGGCUACUUCGUCCAUCCUAAGAGUUGCAACAGAUUUUAUCGAUGCGUGAAAUUUAAUCAAGAAGUGGAAGAUUACUCCGUGUUCGAGUUCGAUUGUCCAGCAGGUUUAUCUUUCGACGAGAGUACAGAAGUUUGUGUUUGGCCAGGUUCCAUGCCAGAAGGAUCUCCAUGUCCUGGAAGCAGCGAAAUUGCACCUGUGACACGAGUAAGAUUCCAUUGUCCAUCCCAAACUGGCUACUUCGCGGAUCCUCAAAAUCCUCGUUGGUUCUUCGCCUGCAUCGAUCUAGGAGGACCAGAAAUAAUGGCCUACGAGUUUCGUUGCCCGUACGGUUUGAUUUUCGACGAGCAAAAAUUAAUUUGCGAAUGGCCUUGGCUGGUAGUAAGCUAUUCCGGUAGUGGUUACACAGGAUCGGAAUAUGACAGCAGAGGAUAUGGCACAGGAUCCACUCCAGGUACUGGAGGAUAUUAUACUGGAGCAUUACCUCAUGGAUACACGGGAACACUGGGAGGAGGAGGAGGAGGAUAUACUGGUACAACGGUUGGUACUGGAUCAGGAUUUUCUGGAUCAGCUGGAAUUGGAUCCACUUUUGGACAAGGAAUUGGAGGACAUACUGGCACGACGGUAACAAAAGGCUAUGGAACAUCGUAUGGUGAUCAAGGGUUUGGUGGAUUCUCAACAGAAGUAGGAGGCCAUGGAACUUUAUUUAAUCAAGGAGCUAACGAUUACUCUGUAACAGCUGGAAUUGGAUACACUGGUUCGACAGGAAUAGGAGGAGGUCAUGGAGUUACGUAUACCAGCCAGGAAACUGGUAGUUAUUCUGGAACUGGUAAAGAAUAUUCUGGAUCAGCAGGAGUAGAUCAUGGAACAACUUAUGGUCAAAAAACUGAUAGUUAUUCUGGAAUACCUGGUAAAGGAUACUCUGGAUCAGUAGGAAUAAGUCAUGGAACUACAUAUACUGGUCAAAAAACUGAUGGUUAUUCUGGAACAACUGGUGCUGUAUAUUCUGGAUCAGCAGGAAUAGAUCAUGGUACUUCCUAUACUGAUCAAGGAUCUAUUGGAUAUUCAGGAACGACUGGAAGUGGAUAUAUUGGAACAGGUACAAGUCAAACAAAAAUUGAUCAUGGAUAUUCAGGAAGUGGCACGAUAAACUAUGGUGAAAAAACUAGAAAAACAGGAGCAUCUAAUUAUGAUAAUCCAAAUGCAGGACCAGAUCAUUAUGGAUCAACAAAUGGAGUAUAUACAGGAUCUCAUAAUAUAGGAUAUUCAGGAACUGGAAUAGGUCAAGUACAUACUGGAUACACUGACGGUCAAGUAUCUACUGGAUAUACUGGAACAGGUCAAGUAUCAACUGGAUAUACUAAACCAGGUCAAGUAUCAACUGGAUAUACAAAACCAGGUCAAGUAUCAACUGGAUAUACAAAACCAGGUCAAGUAUCAACUGGAUAUACUAAACCAGGUCAAGUAUCUACUGGAUAUACUGGAACAGAUCAAGGAUCAACUGGAUAUAUUAGACCAGAUCAAGUAUCUACUGGACUAUAUACUGGAUCAGAUCAAGGAUCAACUGGAUAUACUAGACCAGGUCAAGUAUCUACUGGAUACACUGGAACAGGUCAAGCAUCUACUGGAUAUACUGAAACAGGAGGCGUUGGACAUACAGAAACAAAUCAAAUAUAUAGUGGAGCAACUGGCACAAGUUAUACUAGACCCACGUAUUCGAGUAAAACUGGUACAAAUCUAGAAUAUUCAGGACAAGAUUUUAUUAGUCAUGGUACUGGAUCACAAUCAAUUGAUAAAGGAUAUCCAGGAACAACAGGUCAUGGAGGAUAUACAAGUGCUAAUGUGGGAUUCACUGAUGGAUAUUCUAGAGGAACUCCUAUCAUUGUAACAGAAGAUUAUAAUGGAUCAGGAAUAAAAGAUGGUAUUUCUACUACAAAAUCUCCAGGAUCUUCUUAUGGAUCUACGAUAUCAGGAUCUUCUGCAGCAACUGAUUAUUCAGGAACUGGAUAUAUUUAUACCGGGCAAACAGGAACGAAGUUCUCAGGAUCUAGAACAGAAGGCCAAAGUGGACAAUCAUCGCAGACUCCAAUUUAUACUUUCAGUGAUACAAGUGGAACUGGACUAACUAAUAUAUAUUCACAAACUCCCAUUAUUGUGGACAAGCCUAAUGUACCAACUUGUAUUACCAUCCAAUGUUCUCCUCCACCACCAAGUAGCCAAACUUAUACAACAAAUGACUACAUUUCAAACCACGGAAUUACUUCUGAAACAAACGUUUAUCAAGUCACUGGUGGAUAUACUAAAGGUUUGAAUGCUACUUUAGGAAGUCAUGUGCCUUCUAGAUCAUAUUAUGGAGACGUAAUAUCCAAUGACAUCUAUAAAAUAAAAACAACUGAUACUGGUGGUAUUGCAACAGGACACGGUGUCCAGGGAUCGAUCAUCACUGGAGAUUCCACUCCAGGGACACUUAUCACUUAUGGAGGCGAUUCUGGUACAGUUUUCACAGGUCCUUCCAAUCAAGGUAGCAUAGCAACUGGAAUAAGUCAUCCAGGAUACACGAAAACUGGCCCAAGUACACCUGGCUACGUGGUCAGUGAUGGAAUCAAGACUGUCUAUGGUUCUGCUAGUCCUGGAACUGUGAUAUAUGGAACAUCUACACCUGGUGUCGUAAUAACCGGAGCACCAGAAGUUGGAACUGUCGUAAAAGGUCAAACGAGUUAUGGAUUAGUACUCACAGGACAAACAGCACCUGGAGUUUCUAUUGGUGGUUCCAUCGAUCAAGGAACAAUUGGCUCCACAGGACAUCACGUGUUUACUGACUCAGGUUAUACAACUCCAUCUGGAAUUGUCACACCAGCAUACUCGUAUGGAACCAAAAUUGCAAGCAUGUCACCAGCACAUGGCACCAGUUAUAAGACUAACGAAUAUUAUGAUAAUGGAGGACGUGGUACCAUUAGAUUUAACAACGGCGACGUGACAACCAAAUACACAGAAAAAGAUAUUCCAGACUACAGGCCAUCUGGAGAAUCAAUUCCCCCAGACACUCUUAUUCCUGGAAGCAAAGAUCGAUCUUCAUACCCUAGUGGAUUUACUAAGACUGGUCCUACCAAGACUGGCUUUACUACUGCUACUUUAGGAGCUGGUGGUAGUUACGUAAUUAAUACUGGAAAAUCAGUUCCAACUCCAAAUCCUGAACAUAUUGGCGCGAAAGCUUUCGAAGGUAAUGUAGCAGGGUACACGAAAUCGUCCACUGAAAGCAGCGUCAAUACAGCCUAUUCAGGAGCAACUUCGACAUACAAUCAAGAUAUCGAUCAGAAAUCUAGUCUUUCGAAGAGUCCUGGCUAUUCCUAUCCCACACCUAGCAUUCCAUUUGAUGGAAGUGGAGUAACAAAAAUUUUACCAAUCUCCUCGACAGAGGGCAGUUUUAUUACUGCAACUACUCCAACACCUUUCUUAAAUGUUGAAUUGUAUAACACGCCAAAAUUCAGUGAACCUGUCAGUCCAACUGUAGGCACCUAUCAGAGACCAAGUGGUUUCACACGUGCACCUUCGAUUGGUACACCUGUUGGUUAUACUACUGGACCAUUAGACAGUUAUAAGACAACUGUCUUUGAAGCAGCUAAAAUUCCAAUUAGUGUAUCCACAGUUCAUCCAUUGAUCGAUACUGGAUAUAAGACUGUUGUAUCUUCGACGCCUGUUCCUGUGACCAUAAGUCAGGACAAAUAUCAAACUCAGUCUCAAUCCAAAUUUAAUUUUGCAAUAAAAACUACUCAACAGAACGAAUAUGUUACUAGCACACCACCAACAGUGUUCAAGAUAUCAGGUCCAGAGUUUGGAUCUACUACUCCGUUAUCCAGUUCUGGAUAUUUCACUAAGAACGUGUUUGAAACUGUGACAUCUUCUGGCAUUUCAGAAUCACUGAAACCACAACCUCAUUAUUUGCCUAGCGGCACAAUCUCGCCAGCCAUUGAUGCAACAUACCAAUAUAGAAAACCAGUACCUAGUGUUACUUAUCAAUCAUCAACACCAACAACUUCUAAAACGUACACUAUAGGAUCGGUUACUGGUACUGAUGGUUCUCCUACGAACGUAGGAAUUCCUAAAGAGGAAGUUGGAAAAUUGAUUACUAAUUAUAGAGGCAAUACCAAAUAUGUGCCAAAUCAAUAUGACGUUUACACAACAGGAUCUAUUUCUGGAGCAGAUUACUCCAAGAUUCAUCAAGAAUCAUCAACAUCCAGGCCAGGUUAUGUUUCAUCAACAUCCUCAGUCGCUAAAACGACACAAUCGCCUUUCUCAGUGACUACUUAUUCUGGAGGUUAUUCAUCCUCGAUUACUUAUCAAACUACUGCCAAAUCGACAGCUGUAGGUAAAGGCAAAGUGAUAGUGAAAUGGAGUGAUCUGCAUCCUCUUCUGCUUGGAAAAUUAGGCGCAGAAUGCACCUGUAGAGGGGAUCCUUUCGCCAAUCUUAGAGGUCCAGGUUCCAAAUUGAUUGAUUCCUCCAAAGGCAAAGUGGAUCUAUCCAAUUACGACGAAUCAGAGAUUUACGUAGAUCUUGAGAAGGAAAGUGGCUCAUACGAGGAUAGAGAUUACGUAACCAAUUACGAAUCCUCUAAAGGACCAACUAAGAUCUGGAACAAUCAAAUACAGAGUCAUUCUCAAAUCCAAGAGACGCCAUCAUUCAGUUAUCUGCCAAGUGUCACUCCUUCAAUAAGCCCUAGUACUUCAAGAUUCGCUGCCAAUUACAGAUCUGGAAAGAGUUUGAACAACGUUGGAUCCUCUACCAAUGUCAUUAGUCAUCAUAUCACCAGAAAUUUAGAUACACCUGUGAACCACUUUGACGGAGAUGGUGAAUCGGAGGAGAUCAUAGAUGGAGCCACCAACUGUGCUAGACCAGGUUUGUUCAGACAUCCCAAUUUCUGCAAUAAGUUUUACGCUUGCCAUUGGGACGAGUGGAAGAAGAAGUUCACGCUCCACAUGUUCAACUGCCCUGUGCAUUUAACCUUCGAUAAUGGCGCCGGAGCAUGCAAUUGGCCGAGCAUGGGUCCGGCCUGCCAGGACAAUAAUUUGUUAGUUUAGGUGGUUCACUGUUCAACAAAGCUUCUCGAUCUUACGUAUCGCGACAUCAUCUUCUUCUUUGAUAUAAUUAAAUAAUU